AUCUCGGUACUAGUGCAGCAGGAAGGGCAGCGAAAUAUCUGUCAGCAGCACGCGUGCGGUUGCAGGCUGCAUCACCUACGAAUGUUACUGCAACAGCUUCCGUCAGUAUCAUUGUUGCUAGCUCUGUGCGUGCUGGCAGCGUGGCAGGCUGUUGAGGUGGGUCAUCGCGGAAAGCUCGCUAUCCCUGCAAGCAUUCGCCGUGCUGACCUGAAGUGAUCGCGUUGCAUCUCUUUCAACAUAUGUUUCAUGCAGGCCGGCGACACACAAGCCACGGCAAUUCUGCGCAGCGCGCCGGUUGGGGGCCUCUUCAGCAGCGCGGACAGUCUGUGCGCGACCGACAUCGCAUCAACCUGGUUCAACACCAGUAGUGCGUGUGACGCAUUCUGGUACGGCGUACAGUGCCAAUCAACGGCCGCGGGUUUCGUGGUCGUGUCUCUGGAGCUGCCUGGGUGCUUCCCCAGCGGUGGGGCUUUCUCCACCGUCGCGCCCCCCGCAGCGCUAGCGCAGCUCACAACACUUACAAAGCUUGAUUUGAGCAACAACAAGGCAACCUUGGAUGGCACUGGACUGCCAUUAGCCUACUCGGCUCUGUCCAACCUUGUGCAGCUCAACCUGAGCUACUCCAACCUCCAGGGAGGCCCCGUUCCUUCGGCCUUCCACCCCGAGUGGAGCCAACUGACGGGUAUCCAGUCAGGCUGGAUUGACUUGUCCAGUAACAGGUACCUGGGCGGGAACGUUCCUGAUUCCUGGAGCGCGCUUGCUGGUGUUGAAAACAUCAACGUGGCGAACACAGGCGCAUGCGGCACGCCUAAUGCCGCUGUGGCGGCUGGCCUUUCACCCGCGAGUUCCCCCCUUCCAACGAGAUGCGAACGGGUUGAUUUCCGAAAGGUCCUAGAGGUGGAUUUGAAGCCGGUCCUCAACAACGCCACGAGCGCCGGCAGCAAGUGCGAUCUGAACACUGACUGGGACUCCACGCGAACAAUAGACACCUGGACAGGCGUGACCGCGGUCCCGCUCACCACGUCUGGCGUGGAUAUAUUUGAGAUCACGGCCCUCAGCAUUGCUGAUUGCUGGGCCAACAACGGCCAGCCCUUUUCUAGCGCCCUGCCGACGAACUUGACUCCUCUCUCCUCUCUCACGUCUCUCCAGUACAUUGGGAACAAGGGUGAAGGAAGCCUUGACGGCAUCCCGGCCCUAACUGCAUUAAGAUUUCUGGAUCUGCACGAUAACACGUUCAGCGGUUCCCUGCCGGCGAACAUGACCGACCUAGUUGCUCUGACUGAACUUCGACUGAACAUUAAUAGCUUCACUGGCGGGGCGCCCAGCUCGUGGAGCGCGUUCGCGAUCAUUCAGAAAAUCGACCUGUCCUCUAACCAGCUGCUGACCGGCCCGCUGCCCGCCUCCUGGUCAGCCCUCAACGACACCCUGACCUUCCUCAACGUGAGCGGCACCGCGCUGUGCGGUGACGCGCCAGGCCUCAGCAGUGUCCUGGCAACCAUUCCGCCCAACUGCCCUUCCCCACCCAGUCCACCCGCGCCGCCGCCUAGCCCACCCGGCCCUCCAAUCCCAGUACCUGUUCCAACCAACACGCCGCCACGACCACCAAGCCCGGCGCCGCCGUCGCCCGCACCACCUAGUCCGGAGCCACCAUCACCUGCUCCACCUAGUCCUGAGCCUCCAAGCCCGGAACCACCCAGCCCUGUGCCGCCCAGCCCUGUGCCGCCCAGCCCGGAGCCGCCUAGCCCUGCACCGCCCAGCCCCGAGCCGCCCAGCCCGGCGCCCCCCAGCCCUCCGUCUCCGGAGCCGCCGUCGCCUGUGCCGCCCAAUCCAGAGCCGCCCAGCCCUGCACCACCCAGCCCCGUGCCGCCAAGCCCUGCGUCCACCAGCCCUCCGUCUCCGGAGCCGCCGUCGCCUGUGCCGCCCAGCCCAGAGCCGCCUAGCCCGGGGCCCCCCAGCCCGCAGCCUCCCAGUCCUGCUCCUUUUACCCUUGCUCCACCGUCUCCAGCCCCUGUACCGGUCAAUGCUCCGUCGUCGCCCAGCCCCGCGCCGCCCAGCCCUACGCCGCCCAGCCCUACGCCGCCCAGCCCGCAGCCGCCUUCGCCGUCGCCGCCGCUUUCUCCGUCCCUGGCGCCACCUAGCCCCAUCCCGCCACCGCCCCUGCUCGUGUUGGCCCCCCCUCCGUCGCCUGCCGUCUUGGCAUUCCCUCCGCCUCCGCCUCCACCGCCCCCUCCCUCGCCGCCCGCGCCUCCGCCUCCUCCCUCGCAACCACCAUCUCCGGCGCCGCCCGUUCCCCCAUCUGCUCUGUCACCAUCUCCCCCUUCCCUGGUCCCGCCUCUGUUGCCAGCUCCCUCACCCUCUACAUCAUCUCCUCCACCCAGCCCCAACCCAGCUCCCUUGCCGCCUCUUCCUUCGCCUCCCAACCCCUUGCCGCCCGGCCCCUCGCCUCCCGAUCCGUUACCUCCCAGCCCCUUGCCGCCCUCUCCCGUCACGUCCACCCAGCGCCCGCCCAGCCCGCCCAACCCACCCAGCCCGCCCGGCAUCUUUCUCAACGGCUGGGAGAUCGUGUUCACGCCAACCUUUUGCGACGGCCAUGCGUCUGACAAGUCAUUCACCGCUCUGAGCUCGGACCUGCUCGACCAGUACGGCCGGGUCACGGCCAUCACGUACGUGUACGACAGCAAGGCUGGCGGCAUCGUGGUGGCUGUCAAACUUGUGUUUGGCACCGGACCCAGCACACACGUGGAGACCGUGGCGGGCAGCCUUUACGAUCCCGGAAGCCCCACGCUCUCGGAGACCACGGCCAGCUUGGUGUCUGCUAGCGGUUCCGCACUAGACAGCGUCUCUGUGUGCUGCAGUGACACGGGUGCGGUGGCUCAGCUCACCGCCACCUUCACGGAUGGCAGCACCUCAAGCACGGGACCGUGUCCCAGCACGGGCGGCGCCGCCGCAGCGCGUCACCGUCGCCGCACGCUUCUGCAGGGUGGUGCUGGUGGCGGCGGCAGUGCGGGCGUGCCAGGCGGCAUGGUGGUGGGCGGCCUGCGAGGCGGCGCAGGCGCAGGUUUCGGCAGUAUGGGCUUCGCGCUUGCGGUCAGGAGAGGUUUCCCGCCGCCAAUCACGUCCCCACCGCCGCCGGUCACCCCACCACCGGGCCUGCGCCUCCCUCCGCCACCGGUUCCGCCGCCGUCGCCUGCGGCACCCCCGGCGCCCAGCCGCCCCACCAUCCCUCCCCGCCCGCCCUCGCCACCGCCUCCACCGCCCUUCCCGCCCUCGCCUCCACCUCCGGACCUGGCCAUCCCCUUGCCUCCGCCCAUCCCGCCGUCUCCUCCUUCGCCCACGCGUGCAGCGGUUGCCGCCGCGUUCAUGUUCUACGUCAAAGUCGACUAUCCACAGGUUACGGCAAACGUGCCACCCACACUGCCCAACCGUGUUCCGGUGGCCACGCUGGUUCUUACCGGGCCUGCACUGCCUGUAGUGCGCAGCCCAACGGAUGAUCCAAUUGUGGCAACGUCGCGCUAUGGGCACGGUCGCAUUGCUGUGUUUGGUGGUGAGAAACUGAUCACGGGCUGCUGCAAGCCCAAGGCCAAGCCCGGACGCCCCACCUCCGACCCCGGCACGGACCAGCUCAUUGUCAACAUCGCUACGUGGGCGGCCUGGUACGGCACAAAGGUGGGCAAGGCCCUAAUUCGUGUGGCUGACAUCAAGUUCCUGCCCAUGGCCAAGUACGUGGUGGCACAGCGGCCGGACUCAUUCCAGACCGCCAAGUCUGCCAGAAUGAACUUCGUUCUGCCGCUCGCCACCUUCCUCAAGGGCGGACACCAGAAAUGCGACGUGUACGUGAUUGGGUCCUACGACGCGCGUUACCUGCAGACCAAGGUGUCAGGCUUCCUCCGUGAUUUCGUGUUCAAGGGCAAGGGCAUCAUCGUGGUUGGUCCCGAUGUCAUGCCCACCAUCUUCUACCUGGGAACCGGCACCGCCAGCCGCCGUCGCAGCCUCUUUGAGAGUCUUGAGUUGCCGCUGGGGCGCGAGGCGGCGUCUGGAAGCCAGCUUUGGAAUGCCGAAGACGAGCCGCUGGUCCAGGAGGAGGGCAGCGGGAUGGAUGCGAGGGUCGUGGUGAACAGCGGCGGUCGCACGCUGCUGCAGGCCACCGCCGCUGGGGCGGCCAGCGCCGCGGCUGCCCGCAUUGGCGCGCCCCAGUUUAACUCGAGCCUCAUCCCUGUCAACCUGGUUUCAGGUCCCAUGGGCCUUCUUAUCACCGGGUACGUGUCCGACCCCGGCGGCAACCUGACUGUGACCAGCCCCAGCGAGCUGCAGAACGCCGAGCUGGCGGCCAGCCAGUAUGUGGAGUACCUGCAGGGCCAGAUCCGCCUGUCAGUUCCUGACCUGAAGAUCGUGCUAAACACAAUCACACGCGCCCGUGCCAGUGUGCCCCGUUCCGGCGCCGCUAGCUCGCCCCGCUUCUGGGACCUUGUGGACGCAAGCGACAAGCUCGCAACUUCAGCACCCGCGCUGCCUCCUCUGUUCGAUGACCCGCCGCCGCCGCCCGUCUUCCGUGCGCCGCCGCCACCUAAGCCGCCGCUGCCUCCCUCGCCUGCCUUCCUGCCGCCUCUUACGUCCUACGUGGGUUGCUUUUUCGAUAAUGCUCAGGCCCGCGCUCUGGCCAUACAGCUGCUUGUGGGCCAGCCUACCAGUGUGACGCGCUGCCUGGAUGCCGUUCCGCCUGAGGCCCUGACCAACCGCACCGCCGCCAUCACGUUCCUGGCCAUGCAGCGCACCGCCUGCUUUGGCGCGUCCCAGCUUUCAGCUGCCUUCGUGGCGGCGCAGCUACCCGACGGCACAUGUUCGCAGCCCUGCCCUCUGGUGGCGCAGCAGUUCUGUGGCGGCUCCGCCAGUGGCACCCGCGUCGCCGUGAGCGUCUAUCGCAUCUUGUCACCGGCACCACCAGCCGGCCGGCCUCCUCGGCCGUCUCCACCGCUGCCCUCUCCGGCACCUGCUAACCGACCUCAACCGCUUGCCGCGGCGCCGGCUGCGAAGCCGGGUACGGCUCCCCCUCCCGCGGCGCGGGGAUGAAUGGAGUUGUUAAUGCACUUAUGAGAUUCUACAACGUCGCAGGAGUUUGUUCGCUUUACUACUGCAUGUUGCAGGUGUGCUGUGAGAUAUUGAUUGUCUGGGCGUGGCGUGUAAUUGGAUGGGAGCAAUUGCCAGUGAAUCGGCGGUAUGGGAUCGCUUGGAAGUGUCAUCAAGAGUGUCAUGAAAUGUCGGGCACCAUUGUUUUGCGUCGUGUUACCGACGGCACGUCGGUGGCUGGGUCGGGAUUGGGAUGACGACUACGUGUGUCUAAGUGUGUCUCUUUUCGUCCGCCGCUUCAUGCGGCGUUCUCCCGAUGCGCCGAGGAUUGCACUUGAUCGCGCGUCUGUUGUCGGUACAGACGUGGUUUAAUGCUCGAUCGCGCAACCUACCCAUGCCCCAUUAGGGCUUACAGUAUGCUAGUACUUUCUCGCUUGUCGUAAAUCGGCACGCGGCAUUGCUUGGUAACUAGGGGGCAGGCAGUAAAGCAUGUUCCGGAUACUAGGCGCGCGGUAUGUGACAGUGUGAGCGAGUGUUGUGUGUUAGCAGCAACCGAAGAAUCAUGGCGUGCUUUUCCAUGCGCGCGUGUGUGCGAACACAAAGCUUAGCACAGUCGACCCGCUGCUGCCUGUUGCAGCAUGGGGGCGUUCGUUUAGAAACACACCGAUAUGUGGGUGUAUGCCACGCACGUGCUGCAAGCUGCAGUUCAAGUACUUUCGAAGCGCUUUUAUUACCUGAGCGACAUGUGUGCGCGAGAGCACCCGGUGCUUGGAGGUGUUGUUUUGCUUGUUGGCGGCUAGGAUGAACGACGUCCACCCUCGUCCACUGUCCGGAUCAGAGCCGGCGUGACAAAGCUCAGGGGAACACAAUGGGGUGAUAUGAAGCUGCAGUUGAGUUAAGCUGCCCUUGAGUUUCAGUCGUAUGGACACCGGUAUGCGGACUUUCAAGAUGUUAGAUGGUUAGCAGUGUGCGUGGCGGUCGGAAUGCCUAAUACGCUGGCGGCGGGCGCGUGGAUGCGAUGGGACAGGGUAAGGGGCAGGUUGGCGUAGUCCCGAAUUGUGCAGCGCAGGGAGUGGUGCAGCGUAUUCCCAGACCCCACCAUUCAACAACCAAGUUUUGA